GUACGGAGUACUAAUAGCGAGCGUUCAAGAUGUUUGAUAUACAACAUCUUGAAACCUCCUCCCCAAAACCGCCAUUGAACAAUGCGCUUACUUCUCUGCAUUCUCUGCCUUGUUCGAGUGAUCCAAGCUGCACCUACUACUAAUACCAGUGAUAGUCCUGAGUCCCUGUGGUCCUCUGAAUCGUCAACAUGCGCAAACCAACGAACCCUAUGGGACAUCAUCUCUACGUGUGCUUUGACUCUGCUGGCAUGCAUUUACAGUUCCAUUCACCUCAACAUUCCGAGCCCUGAGGACAGCUCCAUUCGUAUUUUUUUGCGGCGGGUUGGUACCAUGGGAAUCGCACUACUCGCUCCUGACCUGCUCGUUGGAUGGGCUAUGCGCCAGUGGCUCUGGGCUCGUCAAAUUACAGCACAGGUUAAGGAGUCACAUCUCAGUGUUUGCUAUCAUCCCCAAGAGCGGUCUGAAGAUCAUGCCGGCACGGUGACUCAGGCUCUCGUGGCGCAUACUAAAGUAUGUGAGGGAAACCAUACUCUUGCGGAGUCAUCCAAGGAGUGGUUUAAGGUCUACCGUGUUUCAGAGCAAUCCGAAAAUUACGAAUGGACUGAGACUCACAGCUUCUUUGCGCUGAUGGGCGGUUUCAUGCUUUAUGUGGACGGGGAGCCCUACCAUAUACUAUUGCCCCACCAACUUCUCCGACUGAUACGUGCUGGAUCUAUCGAUUUCCCUACCCUGACGGUAAAGGAGAUCCGCGACCGUAGCAAAGGGAAUAUGAUAUCAAAAGGAUUGGUCACCCUUCAGGUGUCUUGGUUUAUUAUGCAGCUCAUUUCUCGUGCCAUUUAUCACCUCGAGACUACACAGAUUGAGGCGGCGACACUCGCUUUUGCGGUUCUCAAUUUCAUUACCUAUGCUGUGUGGUGGAAUAAGCCUAUCGACAUACAAUGUUCUCAUCCAGUCUACUGGAAGUCGUCCGAGCCCAAACCGGCAGAUGACUAUUUUGAUGAUGUCUCUGAAAAUGAUGACCUUGGGGCGGUGCAUUCCGAGAGGGUUGUUCCUUCACUCAUCAACUCAAUCCUGCUCGUCAUUGGCGUUGAUGCCAUGUCCCCUCGAAAGUUACGAGUUCCAACAUAUGAUGAUAUGCACAACAUCAACCUAAAACGUUGGGAAGGUAAUCUUCUUACGCUCACUGGAAUUACCGUGUCAACCCUCUUUGGCGGCAUCCAUUGUACUGCUUGGUUCUAUGUCUUCCCCACAUACGAAGAGGAGGUCACAUGGCGCGUAUGUGCCGUCACUAUAAUUGUCGCACCCUUGCUUGCUUUCGUGGUGGCCUUCCUCUUCAAGUUUAUACCGACAGCUGGCAAAAUUGACGAAGUAGUGAGAUUUAUGUUUACCAUGGCGUGUCCCAUAUUGUACAUCAUAUCGCGUUCUAUCCUCUUCGUACUCAUGUUCACCACUUUACGCAACCUUCCUCCUGACGCAUACAAGAUAGUGGCAUGGACUAGUUUUGUACCACACCUGUAGUUCUUGCUCGUGGUACAUGUUAUACAUUUGUGCUUGUGUAAGAGUCAAUAGCAUUCUCGUG